CAGUAACUUCAAAGUUUCUGAGGAAAGCUUUUGCUAAGAGAUUGCAGCCCCAUUUGCUAAAAACAUUUUUCACUGCUGAAGCACAGCAGCUGUCCACUUGCAUCAAGCCCCCGGCAGUCUGAAGAAACUUGGGGAGAAGGAGAAACAUUUGACAACGAACUACUGUUUUCUUGGUAGCACUCCCUGAACCGCUUUAAAAUAAACCUCACAGUUCAUUCCCCCAGGGGCCUAGAUUAUUCCGCAGACAUCAGCGAGGAGUCAUCAGGACGUGUUUGAACUUUCCCUCCUCCUCCUGCUCAGAGAUAAAGAUGUCAGACUGAUACUGUUUCUGUUUCAUGGCACGGCACCAAGGUGUUUUAACAAUCAAGUUGUUUUGCAAGGUGGUGUUUUCAAGGAAGACCUGGGAGUGAAAGACAUCAAAAACUGUGUCUGAAAGUACAGUACCUGGUUACUCCACCUCCAACAUGAAGGCCAGGACUCUGCUUGUUCUGGUGUUACUCGCCAACCUGAGUUUUGCCCUCGCACAAGAUGAAAGCAAUCCACCAGGAACAGGAAAGAAAAGAAGAGGACAAAAGCGAGGGAGAGGAAGACAGCAAAAGCAGAGGCCAUCUGAUACACCUGUACUGCUAGGCAACGUCCCUGUGGUCAAAGGAGAGGACGACUUGACGAUCUUUAUCGAAUCCUACAAGGGCGUGAACGAGUUUGAGACAAACUAUAAUGUCGUACCAGGAAAGAAAGGACAGUGCACUUUCGGUGGCAUCACAAUGUUCAACAAUGCUGUCUGGUCCCCUAAACCCUGUGUUACCUGCCUGUGUUCAAAGGGAAACAUCGCCUGUGAUGAAAUGAAAUGCCUGCCUCUCUCCUGUCCAAUCAGAGUGAAGCCUGCAGGAGAAUGCUGUCCCAUCUGCAGUGACAUUGAAUCAGUUCAUGACAGUCCUGAAAUUUCUGGCGAUUCCUCAGAACCCAACGAUCCGAGUGUGCUGGAGUCGGUGCCCCCCAAGAGCCAGGCAGAGAUCGAGCAGCUGCUGCAGCAGGAAGAGGAGGAGCUACAGGAGGAGGAGGAGCGGCUGCGCAAGAGGGACGAGGAGCGUAAGAGGAGGAAGAAGGAGAAGAAGAAGCUGCAGGAGGAAAGGCAGAAGCAGCUGUUUGAGGAUCGCCGCCGCGAGGAAGAGGAGAUCCGAUCGCGUAUGGAAGAGGAAGAAGAGAAGCAGAGAGAGGAGGAGGAAAGGAGAAGCAAGCUGGAGGAAGAGGAGAGGGAGAAAAGGCAACAGCAAAAGGAGAGCAGGCAGGAGGAAGAAAGAAAACGGGAGGCCGAGAGAAGGGUUUUAGAAAGAGAACAGAGAGAGCGGGAAAGAAUAAUGGAAGAGGAAGAAGAUGAAGAGGCAGAAGAGAAAGAAGUGGAACAGGAGGACGAUGACUUCCUUAGAGGUGACGUUUUCAGAAUGCCAAACAGUGUCCCCAUUCACCCGCCGCCGCUGCCUCCUCCUCUGCCUCCUGCUGCUCCAGAAUGCAUCCCGUCCCUCCCUCCUGGCUGCGUCAUCUCUGACAUCACACUCAGCUGCAAUAAUGCCAAACUCACCAGCAUACCUCCACUGGUAGACCCACAGCUCAAGAUCCUCAAUCUUGAAGGGAACUCUAUCACUACGAUUCCUGCAGCAGCGUUCAAUGGGAUUCCUAACCUGGAACGGAUUGACCUUGGCAAAAACAAGAUCACGUCUGCCGGCAUUGAUCCACAAGCCUUCACAAAUCUUAAAAGGUUAACACGUCUCCACAUGGAUGCAAACAUGCUUGCACAGAUCCCUCAGGCCUUGCCUCCCACAUUGGAAGAGCUCAGAAUAAACGAGAACAUCCUCCAGAUCAUAGAUGAAGAUCACUUCCAAGAUUUGAACAACCUUGUUACCCUGGAGCUGGAAGGAAACAUUCUCAGUGAAGGAACCGUCAGCCCCUCAGCUUUCAAGCCCCUGACGCGCCUUUCUUACUUGAGGCUUGGCAGAAACCACUUCCGGACUAUCCCUCAGGGACUCCCUGAGUUGUUAGAGGAGCUUUAUCUUGAAAACAAUCUGAUAGAAGAAAUAUCAGAAGCUGCCUUCAAUAAUACCAGAAACUUAAAUAUCAUCUCACUAAGGCACAACAAACUAGACGAGUCAAGGCUAGCACCUCAGGCCUGGAUCAAUCAUGAGAACUUGGAAUCCAUUGAUCUCUCUCACAAUCAGCUGUACCAUGUCCCUUCCUUCCUGCCCAAAUCUCUGCUGCAUCUGGUCCUGGUGGGGAAUCCGAUUGAGAGAAUCCCAGGGUUCGUGUUUGCCCACAUGGAGCCAGGGAUUGAGUACCUGUACCUCUCCUUCAAUAAGUUGACUAACGAUGGGAUCGACCCAGUGUCUUUCUUUGGAGCCUUCCACUCACUCAUAGAACUGUUUCUGGAUCACAACGAGUUGACAGCUGUGCCACUUGGAAUCAACGAGAUGAAAUCGCUGCGUUUCCUGAGACUGAACGAUAACAAAAUAAGGAAUUUUGAAGAGCAUUCCAUAUGUGAUGCCUUCAAUACUGACGAUUCAAAAAUAGUGGCACUGCGCCUUGAAAACAAUUACAUCGACACAAGAAAAAUUUCCCAUACUGCAUUUUCUUGCGUCAGGUCUUACUCCAGUGUUGUUCUCAAACCACAGAAGAUUAAGUAACCAUCAACUUUGGAACCUCUUGGAAUGAACAUUCUAUUCUGACAUAAUCUUGACAUCAUCCACAGAAUGUUUGAAAAGCAACAAGCUUACUGGACUGUGUUUACUUUUCUUUCUAUACAGCUGAAGAAGAUACACACACACACACAAGUCCAAAACAUACAAAAGUGUCAUGAAUCCAAGGCAACUUCCAGACAACUUUGAAGCAACUCAUUGUAAAGAACAUUUUCACCAUUUCUUAUGUGAAAAGUUAAAGCAACUAAAUCAAUACAGUCAAAACAUAACUACUUAGUGUAAGAGUUAUGCAAACAGAAUGUCAGAAUCACUGCUCACCUUUAAAAGCAGAAGAGACUGCACCAGAACAAGUGAACUACCAGUACUAAUUUAUGUUGAUGAAUUUUAUGAUAAGAAAAAGAAGCCUGCUUGAACAGUAAUUUUCCAGUAGUAAUAUCAGAAAAUUACAAUUAUUAAUUUCAAUGUGUAUUUUUGGUGCUUUAGCCUUUCAGUUUUACUUAUAUAUAAAGAUGUGUACCACCUAUACAUUGCUGGACCUGGUAAAGUGAGAAAAAAAUAAAAAAUAAAAUAAAUAAAUAAAUAUAUACAUAGGGCAGCUGGCUCUUUGAGCUAAUA